AUGCAGGCGAACAGAAAGGGCACAGAUGGGUUCAGUGACACCUCCAGCAUCGGCAGUGUGCUGGACGAUGCAGACAGGGAGGUGAGCAACCUCACAGACCGGGCAUUCCGGAGUUUAUGCAUCUCAGAGGACACUUCCUUCCACGACUCUGACCUGGCUCUGUCCCCAGAUAUCUCCAGCCAGGGGUUUGGGACUUUUCACCAGGAAACAGUGAGCCACACCAACAGGAAAAGUGGGAUUUGGAGCCAGUUUCCAGCUCAAGAUACAGAGCAUUCUGGUUGGGCAGCCACCUUCCAACAGCAACCCAAAUAUGUUCAGGGAGAGGAAAAGUACCCCAAAAACAGUCCCCCGCCAACUCCAGUCCAGAGGAGACUGGAGGUACCCAUUUCUGGCCUGAGGAGCAGCAGCAAGCCCAUCUCCAAGGUCUCAUCGCUAAUCAGAUCUUUUGACAGGACAGAGAAUCAACGCUGUGACAGCAGGCCUCCUCCCAGCAAGCCUCCAGCUCUCAAAAAUCCCCCCAAGUUUGCACUUCCCCCAGAAGGUGGUGUCAACUUCUGCUUCGAUUCUGCCUUUUUGACCGUGAGGAGGGUGCCUGCUGAAGUCUCUAACACCCAUCAGAGCAGCCACCAGCCUGGCAGAAUUCCUGGAGAACAAGAGUCUCCCAAGAACCCAGAAGUAGUAGCAUGCCACAGCUCAGAGAGACUCCUCCGGACACCUGACCAUGUGGCUGACUCAUUUGAGUCAAGGUUUCCCACUCCACCACUCAAGCCAGCCAAAGCUGAGCCGGGAAGAGGCAAGGAGUGGGUUCCCAGGGGGACUUUUCUGCACAGUGAAAAUAGUGCAUUUGAGUCAUGGAAUAGCCACCAACCAAAGCUCCCAGAAAGAAAGGACAUUGCUGAAACAAUCCCAGAAAGCAAAGCUCCCAAACAUCAUGAGGGCAUGCCCUUGUUAAAGAAGCCCCACCCCUCUGAGUCCAAAGUCUCCCCCUGCCAAGCCCAGACUAACUGCACCCAGGAAGAGACCAGGUCAGCAUCAGGGCCUCAGUCCAUAUCUGGAGCCUGGGGGGACAGGGAUCCAGGAUCCCAGGUAUUCCCUAUAGAGGGAAAUGCUUCACAGAUUGACCCUCAGAUGAAGCAGAGCCAGGCCCCAUGGAGGAAGCCAAAGGCUGGCAAAGGAGGAACAGAUGGUCCACGUGAUGCUUUGGAAGACAAGAAACAGCCUAAUAAGAGAGGCCUACCUCUGUAUUCAAAGCUCAACCCUCAGGAUCAGCUUCCAGAAAAUGGUGUUCUGGACAUGCCAGAGGAUCCCAAUGAUCAUUACAUCCCCCCCUUUAACAUCAGUAAACUCCUCACCCCAAUUAUACCCACCAAGAAUGUCCUGGAAUCUUCAGACACCCAACCAGUGGAAAUCAGCCCAUCCUCUCCAGGACAGCUAAAUGGAUACCAGGAGAAGGAGCCCAACGAGGCUCAGUCUCGGGAUAGCUACAAGUCCAAAGCACCCAGCUUACUGUUCAACCUCAAGGACGUCAGGAAGCGUGUCAAGAGUACUUACAGUCCCUUGCCUCUCUUAAAAAGCUCUGAUGAGAAAACCAGAGGUAAGCUUGAUAGCAAGCAAGAACUUGUGAGCAACGGGGUCACCCUUCCCAAUGGGCUUGAAGAAAACCCUCCUGCAGAGCUUUUGAAGGAGAGGCCAGCUAGCAUUUUGCACAGCAUUACCCAGAAGGAUCCUGCAAUUAACUGCACUGAGUCCCUUGCCGACAGCCACUCGACCCUUGGUUCACCUUCCACCAGCUCCAAAACCCACGUCUGUGUCAAUGGGGAAGCCGCAGAAAGGCACAGUAAUGAGAAGGAAGAUGCCAAUGGAGCAUCAGAGCAGGGUCCUUCCCAGCACGGCUGGCAUCCAGACUCCAGGGAACACCUUCCCCGGAAACAGCUCUCCCUGAAACUCAGCAACAGGGAGUCGGAAACAGGACAGGCUACAGAGAAAAUGAAGCCCCACCAGCUGGACAACGGGCUCUCAAGAUCCAUCUCCCAAGAGAUGGAGCCUGAGCAAGAAACGGGGCUCCAGAACCCACCCUUGAACCAGAAGUCCUCCCCAGGGCCCCUUUCCCCUGAGGAGGAGGAUGUGUUUUACAGCGACAGCCAAUCCGAUUUUACGCCAUGCCUCCAAACCAAGGCUAAAUUCAGCACCAGCUCUUCAGAUCAGUCCUUUGCUUCUUUUGAUGACCAGCAGAAGAUGUGGUUUACAGAAGGUCCCUGGGAAGACAGGAAGAAUCAUGUGAGUGCAAGUGACGAUCAAAAGGAUGAGAAGGAGACCAGGAUGGAGAAAGAUGAGCCACAGCCAUGUGCCUUAAGUAACGGACAUAUAGGUGUGGAAGAACACAGACAGGAAGAAAUGCAAAGAAAAGCACAAGGUUGGUCGGGAGGGACACCCAGGAAGACAUCGGUGGAGGAAGUCAAUUUCAGAGGCUCUUGGGUGAGGGCCGAUAAGGAUACAGCUCUUCCGCAUGCCAAGGACUGGACUCCCUUGCCAGCCUCUGCCAACAAGCACAGACUGUUCCCAAUUAAAGACAACACACUCAGGGCCACCCCGGUGAUAAAACCUAUCAUUCUGCCUCUCCUGAGGACAAUGUCCUCAGAGGACUCACUUAGUAGUGGACACAAAGAGAGUGAAUUACCAAGGCAACAGUGGGGUGAGGAUGCUGGUGGCCUCUGUGCCUCAGAAAGUCAGGAAAUGCGUAACACUCCUCUAUCCAGCAACAUGCUGGGCGCACAGCAGACGUGUGUGGUGUGUGAGGGCGUGGAGGAGGACCCGGUACACACUGCAGCCCAGGCUGAAACUUCUCAGCAAGCCCGGAAGGGAAGUUUCUCUUUUCUACCACUGGUGGAAGAGGAGGGCAAGAUGAAGCCACGCCCAGAUAUAACAGGCGAAGCGCCAGCGCGUGGUAAGAGCAGGUCUGCAGACUCAGGGAAACCCUCUGCAGACUCAGGGAAACCCGCUGCCCCACAGCACAUCCCCACCAUUGCUUUACCCCCAGAUGACCCAGAAGACCCGCCCUCCUCCCAACCACUCCACACCAGUUGGGAAGAACAAGGUUUCCAAAGCCACUUUCUGUCUGCACCCAGAGCAGGACCUUCAGGAAGAAGACUGGUCCCCAGUGAGGCAGCGACUUCCCCCAACCCCAGCUCUCUAGGUGAGAGCAGCACCUGCUCUCCCUCGGCCAGCAGUGUUUGGGAGGAAGCUCCCCAGGCUCCUGGGGAACAGUGGCUGCGCCAAGAGCCUCCAAGCCCCAGCCCCUGGGCCAGCCCGGGUCGAGCCAGGCUCACCCGGAGGGAGGACAUGACACAUGGCCUCACAUGGGAGGCUGAAGGCUCUGAUCCCCAUCUCGAACGGUUGGCAGACCUCAGGACCCUCUCUCCGAGAGGCGCCUUGCUGGCAGAGGCUGCUGAGAAACCCGAGCCCCCUGCGCUGCUGGAGAGGGCGGCGGCGGGCAAGCCCCCUGCAGUCCCGCCCAAGACCGAGAAGGCCCUGCGGCGGGCCAAGAAGCUGGCCAGCAAGAGAAGGAAGAGCGAUCAGGCGCCGGAGAAGCACACCGAGGCCUGGGAGGGCCAGUCUUUCGCAGAGGAUAUGCAAGGGACCGAGAGGAGGCCGGUGUCUCCCGGAAAGGGGCCGCGGCCCAGGUUCCCUGCGGUCCGCUCCCUGCCCCCGCCCAUGCACCGCCACUCGGUGUCCUGCGGCUGGGAGUCCUCGGGGAGGAGGCCUUGGGGGCCCCAGCCCCUCACGCCCCUGCCCCCUUAUCCCGCCACCCAGAAGGUGCUCCAGGAUCCUCAGUCCGGACAAUACUUUGUCUUCGAUGUGCCUCUCCAAGUGAAAAUCAAGACUUUCUAUGACCCCGAGACUGGCAAGUAUGUCAAGGUCUCUGUCCCAUCCUCGGAGGAUGCCUGCUCCGAACCACCUCUGCAGGAUGCCCUGGCUGCUCCCUACCUACUGUACCCUGGCUUCCGGCCAGUGCCUGUAACCUCCGUGAUGCCUCUGCGCUGCUCCUCUCAGCUGGCAGCUCCCACCUUUCUCAGGCAAGGGGGUUCCAGCCACAGGCCCCAGAGCUCCCAAGGCGCUAGACUGCAGCCUCCCCCUGAACGUCUGGGUGAGUCCACCCAGCAUGCCUCUGCCCAGAGACCCCGCGGGCCUCCCCAUAGUCCAGAGGAAGAGGCUGCAGAAGCGCCAAGCCUCAGCAUCAUCUCCACCGAUGACCUAGAGGACUUUGCCACAGAGGGUGUUUCUUGAGAAUUGAAGCCGACUGCCCCCAACUCCCCACAAACCAGAAAAGCUUACAGUCACAGAUCCUCUCCAACAAUGCCUCUAUCUCUCUACCUACCUAUCUACCUACCUACCUAUCUCUG